AUACAUUGGUCGCAUUGAACUAGCUGGAAUUAACCAACAACACAACGCAAACACGCCACACAAGCUGCUUCCAAGGAAAUCUAGAGACAUUUCCAGUACUAUACCUGGCAGCUAAUACAUCGAGAAAUGUCCAUCGCUAUCAUUGUCCACGGAGGACAUUUCCGCAAAGUCACUGGGAAAAAAGAUGACCCGGGCCGCCUAUCUGGCUCGAUCCGUCGCGAAGGAGGGAUCAAGGAGAUCUGCUAUGUCGUGAUUAAAGAGAAAUAGACAUUUUCUCAAGUCUCCCAGCAUCGGCACGCUGGGGGGACUUACUGUCGCAAUGCAGUUCGCUUUACCUCCGCGGAAGAGCCCUCAUGCUCAUCCUUACCCUCGUUCAUCCCGUCUGUCGUUCCAGCGCCGUAGACAACUGAAGGCUGCCGCAGUGCUAGGCUUCGCCUUGCUUUCCAUCCUUUUCCUCGCCUCACACUUCUUCUCAUCUUCGGAUACGGAAUCUGCUGCGAUCCUCUCCAGCGCUCCAGAGGUGGUGCUGGUCACCGUGUUUGACCGUGACGUCUUGAGCAAGAGCUAUAUCGAGAAAGUCAAGAAGAACCGCGAAUACUAUGCUGCGCGACACGGCUACGCGAAUUUUUUUGCGAACGUUUCGGACUACGAAUAUGCUUUGAACAACGCCCCUCGAAGCUGGGCUGUUGUCCCUGCGGUCCGCCAUGCCAUGACACAGCACCCUCAUUCGGCAUACUUCUUCCAUCUGAGCCCCCAUAGCCUAAUCAUGAACCCGAGCGUCUCCAUGAAAUCCCUUGUCACGGAUUCUAAGCGUCUUGAGUCUCUUAUGAUCAAGGAUAUCCCUGUGGUUCCUCCGGACAGUGUGAUCAGGACAUUUUCUCAUUUGCAGGGUCAGGAUGUCGACUUGAUUCUCACACAGGACAAGGAAGAUUUGAGCUCUGGCAGCUUCAUUAUCAGACAGGGUACCUGGGGGAAAUAUUUCUUGGAUGUCUGGUUCGACCCUCUGUAUCGCAAUUAUAAUUUCGCAAAGGCCGAGAUUCAUGCUCUGGACCACAUCGUGCAAUGGCACCCGACUAUCCUAGCGAAACUGGCCCUCGUUCCGCAACGUAUCAUAAACGCUUACAGCAGAGAUUCCAACGGAGCAACAACCGAUGGUACAUAUAAGGAGGGCGACUUCCUGAUUCGUGCAAUGGGCUGUGAUACGGAAGUGAAACGCAACUGUGAGCAGGAGCUGGAACCUUACUACAGCCAAUGGCAGAGAUCGAUUUCCCAUUAGGCAAUUUAACAACAUUUUACGGUACGAUGUCAACGUGGGGACGUAAUGAACAGAAUUAUUAUCAUCGACGAAUGUGCAUUUUCUUUUCUUAUUUUCGCACCGAGAAGAGGAGGGUCUCCGCCAUGUGCAUUUGAUCUGGUUUUAUUAGGGUGCCUGAGGGAUCUCAAUAUGUAUUGUUUUUGAACCUUUCUGGUUCAUGUACUUGUUCUUUUAACCAUUUAGACGUUUUUCACCUAAAUAAAAUAAUACAGAGAGAA